AUGGAGCGGCAGUUGGGGAGCUCGGCGGCAAAAGGAGGAGGUGGUGGCGUUGGUGCGGUGUUGAUGGGGAGCACGACAGCGGGGUGGGGCGUCGUCGACGGCGAUGGGCGAGGGGGUUGCUGGUCAGAGCUCGAGGCGGAGCUGCUGGGGUGGUGCUUACGGCGGCUGUUGGCUGUCGGCGACGAGCAAGGAAGGCGGAGGGGAGGACUGGCGGGUUCUCGGAGAGAAGAGGGAGGUGGAGGAGGCAGGUGGUUGAGCGCGGCCAGAUCUGAGGGUUCGGGGGUUGGAGCGGCACGAGCGAGGGUGGCUGCCGGAGGAGAGCGGCGGCGGAGAGCGGCGCUGGCAGAGCUCAGGGGUGCUCGAGCGUGGGCUCAGCGCGAAGGCGGGUCAGAGGCGAAACGAAGAGGAGAGAGAGAAAGAAGAGGAGAGAAGUGA